AUGACAUCUCCUACUAAAGAAGGAAGUAAUCCAGCUGACAAUGAUCUCAAAAAUUUAGAAAAUGAGACUCCAAAUGACUCUAGCACAGAUGUAGAGCCUUCAUUUGCUGAUUCUAAUAUGAUUUCUCAGGUGAGAAGCAGCCCAAUGAACAGGGAGCUAGAUGCACCAACCUCCCAGGAGCAUGCUGUUCCUCAAGCAGCAGAAAAUGAUGAGCUUGAAGUAGAGGAAACCCAAAAAGAUUCUCAAAAAGAAGAUUUAAAAGAAAAUGAGUCUUUUAUAAUUCAGGUUCCCAUUGCUAGAAAAUGGGUCUUUCUCAUUCCCUUAAUUAAUAGAGCAAGAUUUUACUCAGGAAGAGUGGAGAUAAGAACAAGUGAUUUCUGUCAUAACACCAUAAAUUACAAAAUUUCUCUCCAACUCUCAAUAUCAUGGAGAAUACCAUUUAUUAACAAUCAUGAGAUGAGAAUAAUGAUUCGCAGUCUGCUCUGUGGAAGACAUUUCUCUCAGGCUACAGGUCAUCAAAAUACCAUGUGGGUGAAGCAAAAAUAUGUAACAUUUCUUCUUCAUCCAAAUGUCCUCGCUCAAGGUGAGAGAACCAUAAUAUUUGGAAGGGCUUUGAGGGUGUACUAUUACCAUCCCCUCAUUGAGAGGCUGACAUCAGGAAAAUUUUACAAAUCAACUGAUACUAAAGGAAAGGAUGGAUUCCAUGUUUUUGUGAGGCCUGUGUUCUAUAUCCCACAAGCCCAAAUUCAAAAUACAUUUAAUCAAAAAGCUUUUGAGGAUCGUUUGAGAUCUCACCACAACAUGAGGGUUGUAAUUAUAAGCACCAAAAGUGGUUGGAAAUACCUAUGUCCCAACUGUAGAAGUAGUUUCAACAAUUUGGUUGAAUUUAGACAGCAUUCCUGCAUCUUUCCUCCAAAUUAA